AAGGAGAAAGCGGAGGAGGCGCUCCCCAAGCUAAGCGCCGCGGAUUUCCGAGUCUAUAACUCGAUGGCGGAACAUAUGGAGUACUUUCAUAAUCAUUUCCGCCAAUCGUGGACCCUCCUCUAUAACGCCUGCGUGAACAAUAAACGCCCCGCGAACCUGUCGCUCAGGCAGUUCCUAUCAGUGGGCCUCCAGUUCUGCUCGCAUCUGGCGACGCACCAUGCGAUUGAGGAACAGCAUAUUUUCCCUGUCCUAGCGACGAAGAUGUCGGAGUUCAAGGCGGGGAAGAAUGCAGCGGAGUUGUUGCGGCAGCAUCACGAGAUCCAUAAGGGUAUGGAUGUCUUCGAGGACUAUCUGAAUAAGUGUCGGAGUGGAGAGACGGAGUUAGAACUCAAGGUCUUGAAGGAGAAGAUGGACAGUUGGGGGGAGGUGCUGUGGACACAUUUGGACCAGGAGGUGAAGACGCUUGCAGCGGAGAACAUGAGGAAAUACUGGAGUUUAGAGGAGAUGAGACGGAUGCCCAUGUAG